AUUUUUCAGAAAAAAAGAAAAAAGAGAUCGAUGAAAGAGACCGGGGGUUUUUUCUUUUUUUUUUUUUUUUUUUUUUUUUAUCACUGCUGUCAAAAUAUUAAUCUUUAGAUCUUUUUUUAAUGUUACAAUCGUUUUUUUUAACAACUUGCAAACAAUAUACCCAAGCAAGAUACUUGCAUCAUAAGGUUGUAACACGCCCUCAGACGAUUUAUGCACUUUCUUCCUCGCCCGGCAAAGCAGGUGUUGCUGUCGUUCGUAUUUCCGGAAAGAGCGCCAAAGAAGCCAUUAACAAAAUGACUUUGGCUCCCGGUGGCAUAACUGACCCGAGAAAAGCUUAUUUUAGACGUAUUCGACAUCCUUUCUCUGGCGAAGUAUUGGACAGAGCACUUGUGCUUUGGUUUCCCGGUCCACAUAGUUUCACAGGCGAAGAUUCUGUGGAACUUCAAAUUCAUGGUGGCAAUGCCGUAGUUAAAAGUGUACUGGGCGCUUUACAUGAAAUGACAGACUUUAGAAUGGCCGAGCAAGGUGAAUUUGCUAGGAGAGCUUUUGAUAAUGAUAAACUGGACUUGACGGAAUUGGAAGGUUUGGCAGAUUUGCUGAAUGCGGAGACUGAAGUUCAACGUCGUUUAGCAUUAAGACAGGCAGAAGGUGGAUUAAGAGUACCCUAUGAAAACUGGAGAGAGAAAAUUGUCAAAUGUAUGGCUACUACCGAAGCCGUAAUUGAUUUUGGAGAGGAUGAAAAUAUUGAAGAAGGAGUGAUGGAUCAAGUGGUUGCAGACGUGAUUGAAUUAAGAAAUUUGAUUGCUGGACAUUUAGAUGAUAGUCAUGUCGGUGAAAUUGUCAGAAAUGGUAUUCAAGUGGCUAUUGUUGGUCCUCCUAAUGCUGGUAAAAGUACCUUAUUAAACCGAUUGGCUAAGAGAGAGGCUGCAAUUGUCUCCGAUAUACCAGGUACAACUAGAGAUGUGGUAGAAGUAAAAUUGAAUUUAGGCGGGUAUCCUGUAGUAGUAUGCGAUACGGCUGGUCUGCGAGAAUCCACCGAUCUGAUUGAAUUGGAAGGUAUCAAAAGAGCUAAAUCAAGAAUCCUAUCAUCGGAUAUCAAGAUCUGUUUACUAUCUUUAGAUGGUGAUGCUACCAUUGACCCAAUUGUAAAAGAUAUUAUCGACAAGGAUACAUAUGUAAUUUUAAAUAAGGAAGAUGCUGCGAAAAAUACAAAAGACAUCGCAAACAUGGUUACACGUAUAGAAAAAGAAACAAGCGCAAAAAAAGUCUGGACAAUGAGUUGUACGACUGGCCAAGGAGUGGAUAAAUUUCUGACACAAAUGAUAAAUAUUUUGAAGAACAAAUUUGAUUCAUCGAUUGGUAAUCCUGUUUUGAUCACGCAAGCUCGACAUAGAGAGCAUUUGGAAGAGUGUGUAGCAUCAUUAAACACAUUUUUAAAUAUGCCGGAUGAGGACAUUGUUUUAUCAGCAGAAGAAUUAAGACAGGCAGCAAAUGCGCUAGGAAGAAUUACAGGAAGGGUUGAUGUAGAGGAUGUGCUAGACGUUUUAUUUGGUCAAUUUUGUAUUGGAAAGUGAUUUACAGAUUGCCGUUAUAGCAACUUCAGAAUAAACCAAAUAUACAUAAACCUUUUUUUAAUGAAUUACUGUAAC